ACGCAGGUGCCCUGCACGUUCCCUGUCGCCCGUAGGCGCCGCCUCCACUGUUUCGGUCCUUCCGCGACACCGUAGCUCCGGUCCCUCCCGGGGGGGUUGCCGGUUCGCGGCGCUGCUCGGCCGUUGCCAGGAGGCCCUGAUCCCGGGGCGGGUGGGGGGUCGGCGGCCGCUCCUUGCACCCGUCGUCUGAUUUCUGCUGCCGAGACGAAGCUGCAGGCAGCAUUGGCCUUUACUGAUUCCUGGCAGGGACUCCGCGUCAGGGCGUCCCUCAAAGGGUGUCUGAGACUGAAAAGCUGCAGAAGAGGGAACCAUGUCGUUAACAGCUGGUUUGAAAACAGAUUUUGAGAGGCUGCUUUUGCGUUUUCAGCAAACUGAAAGUGUGCGCUAUGAGGAGUUCUCUGCUAUCUGGCGAGACAUGAAGUUCUCUACUAUCUUUUAUGGAAAAAUGGGCAAAAUUGACAGCAGGAUGUUCACGAGGGAAGCACUAGCUCUGGCAAGUCGAUACUUUUUCCCUCCUUACAGUUUUCAGAUCCGGUUUGGAGGCUUGUACCUUCUUUAUGGACUAUACAAUACACAGCUUUGCCAGCCUAAGGAAAAGAUAAGGAUAGCAUUGAAGAAUUGGGAUGAGGUGCUCAGUUGCCAAGAGGAAAUGGUGAAUGCAGAACAUUUUGAUGCUAUCUUUGUUCUGAGAAAACUUCUGAAUGACAAAGCCUUCCAUUUCACAGCAAUGCCAACAUUGGUAAGUACCAGUUGAGGUUCUAUGAGAAAAAAAAUGCCCAAUGAUGAUGUUAAUGAGAACUUCCGGGAGAAGUCUAAUCUGGUGUCUGAACUCAUUAGUGCUGAGGCUUUGGAGGAACUAACAAAUGUGCAUGAACACUAUCAAGCUAUGAAACACAUGAUCUCUGCAAACAAAACACAGCUGGACAAAGCACUAAGUUUAAUUCGAGAGAACUUUGUGCCGGAUCUGAAGAAUGUUGCAGUGGACUUUCAACAGUGGCAAGAGAAUAAGAACUUAAACUUGACUGACCAGUCAGGAACCCCUGUCUCUGAAGAUGAUGAACCUAAAGAACAAAAGGGUUCCAAACGUGCACAGACCCUAGCCGAGAUAAAGUCAAAAUCAUAUAAUUCCACAGUCAAGGUAUCUAGAUCCAGACGGCACCGACAAGUUAAAAUAGAGCCUGAUCAGACAACUGAAAAGAAAUCCCCAAAAACCAGAAAGUCAUCAGUGAAAAAUCAGGCCAACAAGAAAGAAUCUCCACCAUCCAAAAGAAGACGGUAACAAUGAGGACAGUGUUGAAUAAUGCAUGUAGAAUGACCAGAGAUAAUGCACUUUAGGAACUCCAGUGGGAUGGUCAAGAGGAAAGCUAUCUUCGGAACAAAGUGGAUCAAAGUAGCAAUCCCAUCAGUGCUGCUGGUUUGGAUCAAAGUUGUGCAUUAAAGUAUUAUAUUUUCCUUGUGCUGAAAAUAGAUAAAUAUCUUUUUUGUAUUACUGAAACAAAACCUUGAAUCAUAGCCAAGUACUGAAUUGUAAGAAGAUUCAAGAUUUGUUUUCAAGUCUUGUAUGUGAAAUCCAUGCAAUUGUCUCCUGUGGUUAAAGUAGGUAGCUUUGGGGAACUGGUGCGCCCUGCCUCCCUCCCCUCCCACAACCUUAACACAUCUGUUAUUUACUUGUCAGAGUCACUCUAGUUAGGGUAAAACUUUCUCUAAUGCGUUCCAACAACCAAUGCACCCAGAAGUCUAUUCUCAGCUGCACCAGUGUGAUGCUUAAAUUUCACUUGGUUGGAUUGAACAAUUGGUGCAGAAUUCUGUCCUUCAUCCUCACUCUUACUAGGAACUGAAUGAAGCCUGUUCUUAUUAAGCAUCCUCUUAAAAACUUCAAUACAGGCUGAAUCCUAAAUGUGAAUUGAAGGAAUUUUCUCAGCUUCGCAGUAAUCUUUACAACUUCAUUUAGUGAUUACCUCAUCACUUGUGGCCUCAAUUCUCUUCAAACAUUUUUGCAGCUUGAAUGUGAACAGUAGAACUUCUUAUAACAAAUGACUGUUUCAGCAGUGCAUAAUAAAGUGAUUUUUU